CUUGAAUAGAAAUGUUAUAACAGUACGUCAUCGGCAUAAUGACAUCAUCACUAAUUAGCGAUAUGGACAACCGCACUGAGGAGCAAGAACUUUCUGCGAUUGAGCAUCUACCAUGGUACCAUGGCAACCUGACUCGACAUCUUACGGAAGCCUUACUCAUGCUGAACGGUGUCGAAGGGAGCUACCUUAUGCGGGAUUCGAACCAAAGUGGAAAGGAAUACUGCAUCAGUGUGAGAGGAAAGGAUGCGAUCAAACAUUUCAAACUGGAGAGAGAUGGGUCGAUGUAUUCGUUUGGCAUAUCUGAGUUUGAUUCGUUAGAACAUCUGAUGAUCCACUUCGCAAACCAACCGAUCCUCUGCAGCAACUCAGGAACGAUGGGUCAGAACUUCGAAUUCGGAACUCUUGUGACGCUGAAAUAUCCUUAUCCUUCUCAUGUUGAGGAGCCUGACACAUUCGAUGAAAUCAGAAUGCAUUCAACCAUGUCGCUCGAUGCCGACAAUGCAGCGCUCAAAAUGAGAACGAAAGCUACGCCGAUUGCAACGAAGGCUGGAUACCUUACUAAGCAGGGAGGAACUGUGAAAACCUGGAAGCAAAGAUGGUUUGUUUGUAUCAAAAACCAGCUGAGUUAUUUCGAAGAGAGAACGGAUGAGAAGCCGAUCAACACGAUUGAUUUGAGUGAGUGCAACGAAUGCUACAAGACAGAUGUACCAGGUAAGAGCUACUGCUUCUCCCUCAACUUCCGAGAUCGGACUUGGAUAUUCAGUGCACAGUGUGAGAGCGAUUUGGACGACUGGGUCACCCUGCUAACGUGGAAGCUAAAUCGCAAAGAUUGAUGGUUUUACGACACUUAUACGCAGAAAACUUCUUCGCAAUAUUUUACUUUUUGCUUCUGUAGCAAUACACUGUCCAAUUAAAUUACACUGUCAGUGAGAAA